AUGGCAAUAGAAAAAGAUGGUGAAGGUGUUCCAAUACAAUAUUUGAAUAGUGAAAACCCGUUUUCGUUUGCUAAGGGAUACUUUAAUGAUGAUAUAAACAAUCAAAAGUCUAGAGAAAGACUUAAUGCCAUCCAGAAGUUACAACCGGAAAAACUUGAUCUUUUUUUAGAUUCCCAUCAGAUAAUAGAAGAGAAAAAAACAUUGCUAGAGAACGGUCUUAAAACAAAAAGAGAUAAGUUUAUAAGAGCAGGUUUAGAGAUUUUACAGGUUGUUGAUCCGGUUGAUAAUCCACUAGAGUUGUUUGAGAGACAUCUUGACAACGAAGAAAUAUUAGAUAUAGCAGUUGAAAUUAGAAAAAUAGACCUUGCUUUUCCACAAAUGAGAAUAAGAUCACGAGUUUUUCAGGUUAUUCAGUCUAACUUUCAAGAAACAAUAAAUUUACACGAACCAUACACAUAUGAUAAUUUAAGAGAAGCUAUGUUAUUUGAGAAAUGUAAGUGGAAGGAUGAAAAAUAA